UAUACCUACCCUUCUAGCUUAAUAUUCUCCAAAGUUAUGGCAAAAACAAGCAAAAAGCCACUCUCUCUCAUCACUAAUAUCCUAUUUUUUCUCCUUUGUCUCAUCAUCACUAUUCCUCACUCUACUUCUUCCCAAAAAACUUGCCCGCCUUGUGGCUCCAUACAAGUUCAAUAUCCUCUAAGCACAAACAUCAACUGUGGUGACUCAAGUUACUCUCUUCGUUGUGACACAAACUCUCAAAAACUCUACUUCGAUGCCCUCAAUGGGACUUCUUAUGUCGUUUUGAGAAUCAUGGCUGAGCACCAACGACUUGUAGUACGAACAUCCCCAUGGCUGCCUGGGAAAUGCGUUACUCAAGACAUGGUGUUGAGUGAAGGCCUUCGGCUUAACCAAUCUCUUCCUUUCAACGUAACUUCUUCCAACACCAUCUUCCUCUUCAACUGCUCUCCUCGGCUUCUGGUCUCUCCUCUGAACUGUACUCCUUCUAGUCUUUGCCACCGCUACUUGGAGAGCUCCGGCCAUGUGGACACAAACCGAGCUUUUCAAUGCGCCGGAGACCUUGACCCUUGUUGUACCUUCAUCGCCGGAGGUAUGCCUUCGGCUUAUAAGAUUAGGCUUCAUAGCUCUGGUUGUAAAGCUUUCAGAAGUAUUCUCCAUUUGGAUAUAGAAAAGCCUGCGAGUCAAUGGGAAGAGGGGUUAGAAAUCCAGUGGGCUCCUCCACAGGAACCACUUUGUAGAACCCAACUCGAUUGUCUUGGUCAUGGACCUUCCAAGUGUUCUUCCAAUGGUGAAAAUGGUGUCUACCGAUGUUUUUGCCAAAAGGGUCAUCAAUGGAACCCUUCUCUUGGAGUUUGCAAAAGAAAUAAGAAGGGAAGCUCAAAAGCGAGCCUCACCUUAAAAGUCUCGAUUGGGGUGGUCUCGUUUUUCAUUAUAGCUCUGGUCAUGACGGUUUUUACAGUUAGAAGAUCUUGGACAUUAUCUUCUUCUUCUUUUUCUAAAAGGGCAAGGCUUGUUAAGGACAGAGAAGAAAAGUUGAAGAGCCAUGCAGCUGGGAAAUCUGCUAAGAUGUUUAACUUGAAAGAAAUGAAGAAAGCAACAAAUAAUUUCUCUAGAGACAGGAUUUUGGGAAGUGGGGGCUUCGGAGAAGUCUAUAAAGGUGAGCUUCAAGAUGGAACAGUUGUGGCUAUUAAGUCUGCUAAAGUUGGGAACGUCAAAAGCACCGAACAGGUACUAAACGAGGUUGGGAUUCUUUCCCAAGUCAAUCAUAAAAACCUGGUCAAACUCCUAGGUUGUUGCGUUGACUCAGAGCAGCCAUUGAUGAUCUAUGAAUACAUAUCAAACGGAACCCUACAUGCUCAUCUUCAUGGUAAGUUUUCAACCUUUCUGGACUGGAAAACCAGGCUGAAAAUCGCUUUACAAACAGCUGAAGCUUUGGCUUAUUUACAUUCAUCUGCAUAUACUCCAAUCUACCACAGAGAUGUUAAGUCAACUAAUAUACUCCUAGACGAAGAUUUGAAUGUAAAGGUAGCUGAUUUCGGGCUCUCCAGAUUGGCUUCUCCUGGGCUCAGUCAUAUCUCAACAUGUGCUCAAGGAACACUCGGUUACUUAGACCCUGAAUACUACAGAAACUACCAGUUGACUGAUAAGAGCGAUGUCUAUAGCUACGGUGUCGUUUUGCUGGAACUGCUUACUUCCCAAAACGCCAUUGACUUCUCUCGUGACCAAGAUGAUGUAAAUUUGGCCAUUUAUGUUAAACAACGAGCCAACAAUGGUGGUGGAGUCAUAGAAAUUGUGGAUCAUCGACUGUUGGAGACUGAGCAGCCUUCUUCAUCAUCAUCAGGUGAUGAUCUGUUAAAUAGUGUAAAGCUCUUUAUGGAGCUUGCUCUUUCAUGUCUAGAAGAAAAGAAGGAAGAUAGGCCUGCCAUGAGAGAUGCCGUUCAAGUAAUCCAGUGCAUAAUCCAAGUUAUAAAUCAUUAGUGUUGAGUAUAGCUAGGACAGUAUAUUACUAGAAUAAACUCCUAUAUAUCGUAAAGUUUUUCUUUUGAUAUUUAGUGUAAUGACCUUCAAGUACUAGUUAUGUUUGAUGAUGAAUACAAUAUUUUAUACUGUUAGUCUGAUCUUAGAAGUAUACUAUUGAGUAGUAAUUAUGGGAAAUGAUGACACCAUUGUUUUUUGCUUUGAAAUUUAAAACCAUAUGUGAGAGAUGUAAA